AAACGGAGUGUGAAUUCUCUGGCUCUGCCUGAAGUUUUGUGCGACGGCCUUUUGGACGCAGGAUUUACCUCCACCGAACCAACCGUGUAUCCGUCAGGGUUGGACUGGACGACUCCGACGAGUUUGUCGGUGUGUCGGUUAAUAGUGUCCUACCGUAGGAAAUCCCGAAGCUAGUUCCGCUCGGAUCUGGUCUGGUCUAAGCCGACGAGUCGCGGCGGUGCGUUCAUCAGAAUCAACCAGGCGGCAAAAAGGCAAACAACCAGCUGGUCGACAGGUUUCCCAGCAGCUUUCGAAGCGCCGGACGGAGAAUUGAUUAUUCAUUCAAGCCAGGGGUUUCCCCAAGUGCAGUAGAGUAGAAAGAUUUAUUCGAUUUGCUCUCGUGGUUACUCCGGGACGUCGUAGUGCUGUUCCGCUGCCGGUUUCCAAGUUCAGGGACUUGAUUCGAUUAGUAUCAGCUCGUUGAUUAUGGUUCAAAUAAUUUAAUUUCACCCCCUCGUUGUGUGAAGCAAACGGUGUGCAAAAAAGACAAUUUUGGGAACUUGCUUACGGGCGACUACAAUCAACAGUUUUGAUUGUCGGUACCGGAAGAUAAAAGUACUCCUUUGAGGAAUCAUAGAUCCGAACUCUCUCUCUCUCCAAUUCCAGCUAUGUUAUUGUUUGAGUGCAAAUAACAAAUAAAGUCAAACCAGUAUAGAGCCAGUAAGUAAGUGCGUUUCUUCCAAGUGAUUUGAUGAUCAGUGACCCUGAAAAUUUGAACCCGUGAACCAAACAGGCAAGCAAGCAGACGGGAACGAACGACGGACAGUGAACAGAAUCCGCAGAAGCAGAAGAAAUCCGUCAAAAUCAUCGUCUUCUUCGGGACCUCUCGAAGGGCUCCCCACUGCUGCCGGAAGUGAGUCGAAUGCUCUGCGAAAAAGGGCAAUAGGCGAGGCGAAUCGAACAUUGUUCUGUGGCCCUUCUCUAGCCGGAAUAAAAUAUAGUAAAUAAAAGGAAAAAACCGCUACUAGCCGGGUAGCCGGACCGGAACAUGGGACACUUGAAGAACAAACAGCGACGGCACCAGCAAAAGGAAGCAGCUCUUCGAAGGGAAGAACGAUUACGGAAGCAGCUCGAUGAGGUGGACAUUAUGAAUUUGCCACUGCGACUAGACAUCAAGAGGCGGCUGACGUCCCGCUCGGAUCGGGUCAAAUCGGUCGAUCUGCAUCCCACCGAACCGUGGAUGUUGUGCGCCCUUUACAAUGGCCAUGUUCACGUAAUGAAUUAUGAAAAUCAACAGCUCGUGAAGGAUUUCGAAGUAUGUGACAUUCCGGUACGAUGUGCUCGCUUCGUGGCUCGCAAAAAUUGGAUCCUGACCGGAUCAGACGACAUGCAGGUUCGAGUGUUUAACUACAACACACUGGAGAAGGUACACUCAUUUGAAGCACACACGGAUUACGUUCGAAGUAUCGCCGUACAUCCAACGCAACCGUUGAUUUUGACCUGCAGCGACGAUAUGUUAAUCAAAUUGUGGAACUGGGAGAAGAUGUGGUCGAUGCAGCGCGUUUUCGAGGGACACACCCACUAUGUAAUGCAGAUUGUGUUCAACCCGAAAGAUAACAACACAUUCGCCAGUGCAUCACUGGAUCGCACCGUGAAGGUUUGGCAGCUCGGUUCCAAUGUACCAAACUUUACCCUCGAUGGACACGAGAAGGGAGUGAAUUGCGUCGACUAUUAUCACGGCGGCGACAAGCCAUAUCUGAUUUCCGGAGCUGAUGAUCGGCUGGUGAAAAUUUGGGACUAUCAAAACAAAACCUGCGUACAGACAUUGGAAGGCCAUGCGCAGAACGUUUCAGCUGUGUCGUUCCACCCGGAGUUACCGAUCGUACUGACCGGUUCGGAGGAUGGUACCAUCCGGAUCUGGCACUCGGGCACCUAUCGACUGGAAACUUCACUGAACUAUGGUUUCGAACGUGUUUGGACUAUCGCCUGCAUGCGGGGCACGAACAACGUGGCACUCGGCUACGACGAGGGAUCCAUCAUCAUCAAGGUGGGCCGCGAAGAACCGGCCAUGUCGAUGGACGUAAAUGGCGGUAAAAUCGUUUGGGCUCGACACUCGGAAAUGCAGCAGGUUAACUUAAAAGCCCUGCCCGAAGGUACGGAGAUCAAAGACGGCGAACGGCUACCGGUGGCCGUCAAGGACAUGGGGGCAUGUGAAAUCUACCCGCAGACAAUCGCCCACAACCCGAACGGACGAUUCGUGGUCGUGUGCGGCGAUGGCGAGUACAUCAUUUACACAUCGAUGGCCCUGCGUAAUAAAGCCUUCGGUUCGGCCCAGGAGUUUGUGUGGGCCUCGGAGAACAGCGAGUAUGCAGUGCGAGAAUCGAGUGGUGCGGUUAAGCUGUUCCGGAACUUUAAGGAACGGAAAAGUUUCACACCGGAUUACGGAGCCGAAGGAAUUUUCGGUGGACAACUGUUGGGUGUCAAGACUUCGUCCGGGCUAUCGUUUUACGAUUGGGAGAAUCUCGAACUGAUUAGAAGGAUUGAAGUUCAACCAAGGCACGUAUUUUGGAACGAAGCCGGUACAUUAGUUUGUCUGGCCACAGAGGACUCGUACUUCAUUUUGCAGGUGGACACCGGCAUGAUUCAGAAUGCGCUGGCCACCAAGCAACAGCUCAGCGAAGACGGUAUCGAGGAAGCAUUCGAUGUCCUCGGAGAGGUCAGCGAAGCGGUUCGUACCGGAUUAUGGGUUGGGGAUUGUUUCAUAUACACAAACUCGGUCAACAGAAUCAACUAUUACGUAGGAGGUGAAAUUGUCACUAUUUCGCAUUUGGACAGGACGAUGUAUCUACUUGGUUAUGUGCCCAAGGAUAAUCGGUUGUACCUCGGUGAUAAGGAGCUCAAUGUAACCAGCUUCGCGCUGUUACUGUCCGUGCUCGAGUAUCAGACCGCGGUGAUGCGACGGGACUUUGUGACGGCCGACCGGGUACUACCGACCAUUCCGAAGGAGCACCGAACCCGAGUGGCACACUUCCUUGAGAAGCAAGGUUUCAAACAGCAGGCCCUACAGGUUUCUACUGAUCCUGAACAUCGGUUCGAUUUGGCUUUACAGAUCGGCGAUCUCGACACCGCACUGGUGCUUGCACGGGAAUCCGACAGUCCUCAAAAAUGGUCCCAACUGGCGAGCAUUGCCACCAGCAAGAACAAAUUCGAUCUGGUCAAGGAAUGCCUAACCAAUGCGAACGAUUUUGGUGGGCUGCUGCUGCUGGCUACCAGUUCGGGUGAUACCGACAUGCUUCGAAAUCUAGGCGAGAAUGGAGUGUCGCAAGGAAAAUUCAACAUCUCGUUUUUGUCGAUGUUUUUGCUCGGCGAUUUGGAGAAAUGUCUGGAAAUUCUCAUCCAAACUAAUCGGAUACCAGAAGCAGCAUUUUUCGCUAGAACUUACCUGCCCAGCAAAAUAUCAUAUGUGCUAGACAUUUGGAGAACGGAGCUGGCAAAAAUCAACGAGAAAGCUGGUCAAAGUUUGGCUGAUCCACAGCAGUACGAAAAUCUAUUCCCCGGUUUCUACGAUUCGGUAAAAACGCAACAGUUCUUAGUGUCGGAGCGAUCAGUCUUACUGCCGGCUAGUGCUGCCACUGAUGUUCCACUGAACAUUGAUCGAUGCCCGGUGGCAGAAAUGAAAACGGCAGAGAACGAAGGUCGAUUCGACUACGACCCGAGUUCCGGUACUGAUGGAAGUGUAUCAACAGGAGCAGCAGCAGAAACGAACAAGCCUUCCCUCGCUUCCGCAAUCAAUAGCAUACUGGAUGAGCCAAUCAGGGCAACCCCCGCAGCGACAAGUAUUCUUACAACCGCCACCUCUGCUCCGUCACAGCACCAACAGCCGCCAACCGCAUCCAAUCCGAUCAAACGAAAGAGCUCAUUGGAAGAUUUCGAAUCGGAAAUCGAAGCCCUUAAUCUAGACGAUAACAUCGACACUUCGGAUGUAAAUAUUGACGAUGACCUGUUGAGUGAUUGAGCUGUGUGGCUGUUCCGGUAGAAGUUGAAACGCUACAAUAGCCCCUUCUUUUAGUAGUGCUAGAAAAGUAUAUAGAUCGUAAUUAUAAUUGAUAAAAAAAAAUAAACGGAAUAUGAUAAAUAAA